AUAACUAUUCAUACAUUCCGAAACAAUUUCACAGCUGAAUUUUGGUUACAGACUUCUGCUCCAACGGUUUCUCUGAAAUUUCUUUUCCAUACUUAUUACAUCAAUAAAAGCUGAUACCAGAAAUUUUAGUAAAAAAAAAAAUGUCUGCAAAAUUUUUCAGUAGAUGCGAUUUCCUUCGAAACUUCAGGUCCAAUAAAGGGGUGAUUCAUAAAAAUAUUUACCACCAGCAAAUUCGUAUUAUUUUCUAUUAUUGCUGAAUAAUAUCUGUACAUGUAGUUCAUCACAAAGUUUCGUAACCAUCCCAUUAAAACCAUAGAUGUGAAACCAAAGUUCGCCUAACAUUUGUAGCGUAAAGCGCCUGUAUUAAAGGGGCUAUGUCAGCUGGAGAGCAUGCGCUCUGAGGUUAUGCAAAUUACUUUCAACUGUCAAAAUUCUAUUGUUUUUAACGCGUGACUUUCUCCAUGUGCGCUCUGAGGUUAUGCAAAUUACUUUCAACUGUCAAAAUUCUAUUGUUUUUAACGCGUGACUUUCUCCAUCUUCUCUGUCACGUCCAAGGCUCCGAAUUUAGAGAGGUUAACAAGCGAAAUGGGUUUAGAUAAGGGAUAUUUCGAUAGAAUUUACGGAACGUUUCUUCUCUGGUUAUGCUAGAUCAAGAAUAAAAUUGUGACGACAAUUUUACUUGUAGUUUUGGAGUAAAAACGCAUGCCAUUUAUAAAAUAGUGUGCAAACAAAAAUUCAACAACAACAUAUUGUCUUAUUCAACAAAAUAAAUCGAAGUUGUAUUUUACAAACGAGCUACAAAAGACGCUAGACCGAAGAUAAAGACCAAGACUGUUUCAAAUCAUUAACAAUUAGACUUGUCUGUCGCUAGUGAUUUUAUAAUUUAGAUGCUGAUAGAACAAGAGACAUGAAGUCUUUGUUUUGAUCUCAGGGAAACAUACAUUAUCGCGCAAAAUUGUUCGAUCGUGCCGAGUCACUGCGACGUCGAGAAAAACAGAACCAAGCAUCAUUGGUAUACUACUCCACUAUAAGCAGUCCGUUGAUAAAAAGGGAAAGUAAACUCUGCUAUUUUCCAAAAAUAUGCUCGAACACAAACAGUUCAAAAACAUGGCAUUUACAGGAUCUAACUCGUACUAAGGUGCCUCUCAAAGUCCGUUGAGAACAAUCUGGACGAGCAAAUGGUCGUGUUUAUCUUUGCCAUGAAUCCAGAUAAAUACAAGAAGGAAUCUAACCGAAUUUUAUAAUGUUUCCUUCGCCAGGAGUUUAGUUUGGUCACGAAACUCAUGGCCUGAUGCUCUUGUAAUCGUUUACCAAAAACGGCCGCCGCCAACUCGAUAGCCGCUUCGUUAUAUGUCCACAUACUUUGAGCACAAGAAAAAUCCAAGAGCCAGCAACCUCUAAAAUAACUCAAUAGAAAGGUUCUAUGAACUAUAGGGAAGAUUCCAUCAAAGAUUCCAUCACUCAUUGUGGAGUAGCCGUCAUUAACUCUGCCAUUACAACGGCCGACGAUAAGAGGACACAGUAAAUCCACGUAAAAACAUUCCACAGGCAAACAAUUUCUAAAUAACGCCAAAAAAUUAUUCUGUAAUCACCAUAGAACGAUUCUUAAUACAAAACUUCGCUAACUAUCGAACGAUGGCUGAGAUUUAGACAGAUAAAAACAGCCUUCCAAAAUCUCCGACAGAACUUGAAAAAGACGGGCUAACUUUUUCAAGUUUGUUUUCAUUGGCUCGCGCAUGCGUGUGGGGUGACAUAGCCCCUUUAAUACUGACGGAGCCACUUUAACUAUCCGAAGGGAUCCCAGGAGGCAUUUAAGGUUCUAAAGUCCUACUGAUGUCGCAGUGCCUGUAAGGUGCAUUUUAGAAAACUUAGCCGAGAAAUGACGGGAACGUUUUGUUACCUUAGUUCAACGUCUUUAUCGCUAUUUGGAAUUACCAGUACCAGUUAUAAUCUGUUAAUUGUUGUUUUGGAAUUAAGGGUGAAAAUGAAUCUGAACCAGCCCUGCAAAAGCGAGAUUCUGGUAACUUAAACGUUUAUUUUUGGAAAUCUUCCUAUGAGUACAUUUCUCGUCAUUUUUAAAGUGCAUCUCUGGGUUCUUUUGUAGGAAAGAUUUAUCCUUUCUGUUCAUUAACAGCCAGCCAUAAAAGAGCACACUUCCAAUUUGGCUUUUAAUGCGGGGUUCAUAUACUAAAGCAACGAUAGCUACAUAAAGAAACAAAAUAGGCACGCACUUGGUUUUAUAUACUGCAUACUUGAACACAACUUUUAAAAUUACUUCGUCCAUGGAAGUGGGGAGCCGAAGGGGGCCACAUUGGAGGCCAGCUCCUCUAAAACCAUAGGCACACAGUUCCACUUAUUAAUCAACUAAAUAUUGCAGCUAUCGCUGUUUACCAAGCUACAAUUUUUUUUAACCGAAUAGUGUCCAUCUCUAUUCUUGUUCGACAGCAUUCGAUCACGGCGUGAUACCUGUUCAUUAAUCUUGGACUAGAGUUGCAACCUAAAUUUUGUUGAUAAAGGAUUUUGAACCGUGAGUAACCGGUUUUGUCAUAAUCCUUUAAAAAAAGUGCUGUUUUGUGAUCUAAACAUAUAGUUCCCUGACGGGAUGACGAUAGAUGCAGAUGGAAUGCUUUGGGUCGCUAUGUAUGAUGGAUGGAAAGUAUGUUUAAUUGCCUGGUAUUUAUGAGAUUGAAACAUAAUUGUAUUUUAAUGCUAAGUGUUAUAAUUCAUUCGCUUGAAGUGCUUAUUCUGUUUUGCAAGUGACGAGCUUUUCUCAUGACAAUACACCUAAUCCCCCCAAAAAUCCACGAGAUAGCAAAGGUGGUUGCAUAACACCUUUCUUCUACUUCAUAUCUUAAAUUCUUGCAUUACUACAGUGCUGCAGUAAAUACGUCUUUCCUGGUAUUUUUUCUUUUCUUUUCGUACUGGUUUCGCCACAACAGUUUAUAAGAACUGCUAUUAGAUUGAAUAUUUCAAUCACAUCCAAAUGCUGUUACGAUGUAUCUUAACUUUCAUCAUAAGACGAUUGAAGGUAACAUUUAUUCCUUUGCAAAGGUUCUUUGUUGCAACCCAAUGUCGGGUGACAUUGUUCGUCAAGUCGAUUUACCUGUUGCCAAGGUAACCGCUUGUUGCUGGGGUGGACCAAACCUCGAUGAACUUUAUGUAACAUGUGAAAGGUAAAUCACAUUUUAAAUUGUAUUUUUAUAGAUAUACAUUUUUUUUUCUUUUAAUCUUAUCCAAAUGUACAAGCAAGUAAUUAAUCUCUUGUGAAUGUACCUAUACUAUGUGUUUAAUUACUUAGUUUUUUUUUAAAGGCCGGUUUCAUUUUACGCCGGGUCAUUUUAAAAUUCAGAAUACUAGAAAGUUUGUCGACGUUUCCUUUUUCUCUAAACAUAACUAUCAAGGCAGAGCAUGAUCGACAUUUUACACAGGCUGUUGGCCUUAUGUAGUAGGUGUGAGAUGUACCACUUAUUAACCUCGUCCGUUUGGUCAUUACAGCGAAAUCUCAGACCGAGGUCUUGUGACCGAGCGAUAGCGAGGUCAAUACAUCAAAGCCGAUGUCUGAGAUUUCCCUGUAAUGACCGAACGGACGAGGUUAUUAAGUUAUUUAUUAUAUGGCCUUUUUAGCUCUAUCAUGGUUCGUAAAACGUCAGACAAACAAAUUUCAAGGACUUUUCAAGGAUUUUUGUGGUCACCCUAUUGGAUAAAACACGUCAUGAAGUCAUUUACGGUUUUUACUUCUUCAGCUAUCGUUGAUCACAUUAUUUAAGCUACUCUAUGCAACAAGAUUUGCAAAUAAGAGACUGGGUACGACUUGCAACUGUAUUUGAGGUACAGAAAUAGCGUUUGAGAUAAAGAAACAGGAAUAAAAUAUUGUUCAUGCUCAAAAAUGUUUUCACGUUACACGUGAGUUUUAAACGUAAAGGUUCUUACACCGAGGAUGAGCCAGAUUUUUUCUCGGCAAGAAAAUCUGAAGGUUUAUGGCGUACACAAGGUUAUGAAUUUCAAGGACUUUUCAAGACCUGAUAAAGAAAUCAAGUACUUUUCAAGACGACUAGCAAAAUUCAAGACCUUUUCAACGUUGUACCAUAGUUAUUAGAGGAGACUGGUUAUGAAAAGCGACAAACAUCAAUGAUAAAAACAACAGUGCUGCAGUUUAUGUUGGAAGCACCCUGAAAGUGCACAAUCCUUUGUUUUCUAUUGGCAAAUUGUUACGGAAUAAAUUAAUGCAACGUUUUUAUUGGUCAAUACAAUCAAAAUGAUAGGAAUUCUUUUGAACGUUGUGCACUUUCAGGUCCACAAAAACAUAUAACAAAGGAGUCUGACGGGUUUCAUAACCAUUCCACUCAAUUAACUAUGGUUGUACGAACCAUAUCUAUUAAUAUUUAUAAAAUAACUAAGAUAGUACGCGCGUUCUGAUUGGUUUAUUGUGCCGGUAAACUCAUAGAAAACUGAAACAUGCUUAAUGUUAUUUUACAAAAGCAAUAAAACACACUUUCUAUGGGUUUACCGGCGUGAUGACCCACUUGGGACGUGGGAUGCUGAGAACAUCCCGCGUGGGUUAUCACGCCGGUAAACUAGUAAAGAGUGUGGUCUAUGGCUUAAAUAAAACAGCGGGAGUAAUAGAGCCUGCGAUCAAUUAAAACUAAUAACUGGUCAGCGGAUUACUAAAAACACGUCACCUCAAUGAAUUAAUUGUACUCUUGAGCCCGCGAUACGGUCAUUUGGCACUGGUCAGCGGAUAACCUUUUUGAUAGCUGUCAAUUGACCAUAGCAGGAGGGAGUCAUAACUCGUGAGCGCGGCUGUCGUAUGUGUCGGGCCAUUGUGACGUCACAGCAAAGGGAGGCGUGCGACGAGCGGUGACCGCGACGAGCAGAAUUUUCGAAAAUGGCGGUGUUAUAGUUUUUGACGUGAACACUUUGAACUUAUUUUUUCCCGUGAAUGAAGCAGCAAUGUGGUUUCUCUUUCCAUCGGGGAUACCAUUACCUCAUAUUCCAACGGAAAAGGUAAGUGUGUUUUGAUUGCUACGUGAAAAUUCGGCAAAAAAGGUUGCUGAAGCGUUUUGGUGAGUCUCCAGGUGAAGAAAAUUACGUGAGUGCGUUAUAAUUUUGCAAUGUUGCUGAAUUGAGGUUGGUUACGAAAAUUUGUUUUAAAUGAGCUGUUUUGUCGUUAUUUCGGUUCUUCAGUAAGACGUAUAUAAGUAUACUGAGAGUUGUUAAGCUUACUAUGACCUCGUAAAAGCCCAAUCGUGGAGAAGAUCACUUUUUUUGAGACAGUACCACAUGUAAUCUAAAUAUUUGUUCAGCCCUUGUAAAUUUUUGUACACCUUUGCAACAAGGCACCAACAGGAUAAUUUUCAACCGCUCUAUCAAGCGUGCAAGUGUUCAUGUAUGUACACUGUAUUUUACUUUCAAUACCCUCUCAACAUCUGGUAGUAUAAUACAUCAGUCAAUUGAAACCCCGGCCUCCUGAUCCCUAGGACUUAGCGGGGAAUUUAACAUUAGCCUGGUGUUAAAACACCACUAAUUAGUCCACUUCCCGGGCCAAGUACUUUGUUAAAAGCACCUUAUGGCAGGGAAUUAGUAGUUGUAGUUCUAGACUUGAUUUAAACCGCUCUCUUCUGUCUGGCACUCUGAAUUUAUUAAUUUUAUUUUCAAACCAAUGGACCUGUUAAUAGAAACUGUCAACUGCGUUACAUCAAGUUCAUGAGAAAUGUCAUCCCCUAGCUGAACUUUGAAUUGUUAACAGUGCUUCCAUCUGGUCCAAGGUUUACUUUUGUUUUGCAGUGUGCUUUUACAUGUUAGGAGUGGGCACUUGGUUUCUUUGCUAAUUGUCUAGUCCUGACGAUCAACUUCAUUCUGGGUUUUCUUUUUUUGAGUAACGGCAACUCCUUGCUUUCGAUUCUGAUUGUGAGUGAUAAUUCCCGGUUUGCCUAGUAUAGACUAAAACCUUCAACCAAUUGAUCAGUUUCCUGGAACCCAAACUCUCUUUAUACCCUAUCCCAGAGUGAACUCCUUGAAAACCAUACCCUUCAGAGUGGAACAUACCUAUGGCACUCCCCGGAGGAAACAAGGACUUCUCCAAAGUCACUGAUGUUAAAUCUCUCUCUCUGUCCCUGCUUCCAAAAAUGUAUAAAUUAUGUGCUGUGGAAUCCCUGCUCAUGAGCUGGGUCUAGCAGGAAUUUUGUUAAUUCCACUGCACCGAGGGUCAACACGUUGUUAAAUAUGUGUUAAAUCCUGGCAUUGGCUGCAUUAAAUCCCCGCUAUGCCCCAGAGGUUUGGUGGGGGGAAGAAGGGUUUCAAUUGACUGAUGCAUGUAGACUUUGUCACCAAGAGUAACUAAGUAGUCUAUCUAACUAUAAUAUAUAGAUUUAGCCAGGGCUAAAAGCGAGGCUCCCAUUAGUAAAUUUAUAAUUCAAAUUAAACAAUAAACUUGUAUUCGAAUUCCACAAUUCAGUUAACUUUAGAGCACAUUUAUGUGACUUUUGAGGGAAAGGCUACCUGAUUUUAGAGAAAAAUAAUUUGCAAACAGCCCAAGAGUGAACCAAAUCUUACAUCGAGUUGAUAGCCUCAUAUGUACACUCAAAAACUGGUAAUCAUCUUUUAUCACAUUUAAGAGCCGUAAUGGCUAUUGAUCACCGUAGAUCAAUUAGGCUUAGAAAAAAAAUCAGGCCAACGUUUUGGCGUUCGACAAGUUUACUUUGCAAAAUCUUGCCAACAAAUCUGGGUGCGUGUAAACCAACCUUUUAUACCAUGGACAGAAAGCAGUAUUUCACAAUACAAAUUGCUCUCAUUCAAUAUUCAUAAACUGUUAAAAAAUUUUUCCAAAAUCACCUAUACGGCCAUUCGGUUCUCACUUUUGUAGUGCGAGCUGUAGCGAGUGUUUGAAUGAACAUUAACAGAGUUACGCUCCAAGAUAAUAAAGAAUUUAUCAUGUUUAUUUUUUAUUUGAUGGUUUAACGCGCGGCAUUUUGAGAACUCCUGCAAGCGAUGUUCACUGAACGACUGAAAACAAUCGGCAUAGCGAUUAAAAUUGCAAGAGAGACUACCAACAAUCAAUAAAAGAAAUAUAAUUCGGUGAAACAUAAACAGAGACAACAAUUUUCAUUCAGGAAGACAAGUAUUAAAGUGUCCCUAAAUAUCCUGAGUCUUCAAGCUUCAAGCUUAAGUUUGUUGAAGUCUAUGUUUUAAGCCAGCUUCCCGGUGUUUGUUUUUUCAAAGACGAAUUCGAGGCAAGAAAUUCGCUCAAAGCUUUCUUUUCCGGCUAGAAUUAUAACUAAAGAUUCUUUGGAACAUUUUCUUUCUAUUUGCGGUGAGAAACUGUCUAAAGGCUUUUUAAAAUUCUGUAAGAUUAUAUCAAACCAGAUACUCGGUGAGAUCGUUGUCUCAAAACUUACAAACGCGCACAAACUAAAUUCCCGCAUAAACUACGCUCCACUUCAUUAAAUUAGAUACAAAAAACAAACAUGAAAUACAAUAAUUUCUCUGGCUUACCAUUCGAGAUGCAGCUCCUGAAAGUUAUCAGGUAAAGCCAGUAUCGCUUCAGACUUUGCAAUCCUCUUACGCAUCAAGCAAGGUGAAAACGAAAACGAUGCCAUCCGAAAUCGGAUUUCCGACUUUGACAAGCGACGUAUUCCUCAACCAAAAACCCAAUAAACAAACUAGCCAUGAGUAACAGAAGACUCCUGAUAGCAGCUGAAUUUCAUUUUGUACAUCCAGUGGAAAAAGACAGUUAAAAACAUCACAAGUUGACACAAAACUCUGUCAGCCUCAGCUGUUAAAGUAAACAAGAUUCAAGAUGCUGCAUAAAUUUUGCGCAUGAACUCACAUGUCAAAUUUUGACCAAUCAGAGCAUAAAAAUUGGACGAAGAGCGUGACCAACGCGUGACCAUUGUGAGAAAAAACAAAAGCAACUGUCUUCCCUGCCUGUAACAGCUGGCUGAAUUUUCACGUCCGAGGUCAGUUUGCAAUCAAAAUUUUAAUUGUGCAGCACAUAAACACAACACAUUUCUUAUGAAUUAAGAAAAAAAAUUGAACUUGAGCCUGCGAUCACUUGAAAACUAGUUUACUUGUCAGCGGAUAACUUCAAAAAAUACUUGACCUCGACGGGUCGACACCUGAGCCCGCGAUACGGUCAGGUGAUACUGGUCAGCGGGUACUCUGUUUUGACAGCUGUCAAUUGAGCAAAACAUUGAUGUCCAAUAUGUGUGCAUUAUCAGUUUUCCUGUGCUCCCAAACUAGUAAAAGUAUGAGUUGAACGUUGUUCGCGAUCUAGUAAAACAGUUAACUGGUCAGCGGACAGCUUCCAAAUAAAUCACGUCACCUCGAUGAGUUGACACAUGAGCCCGCGAUAUGGUCAUGGGAUACUGGUCAGUGGCUAUCCUGUUUGGACAGCUGUCAAUUGACCAUAUUGUUAAUGUCCUAUAUUAAAGAUGUGGGCUUGCCAAGACACGCCUGAGACACCCCUCCCUUCCUUUUGAUAGUCUCCCCUACCCCACCCAUACAAUCUGUAGACGCGUACGUACGUACGUACGUACGCUCGGUCAAUCACGUGACAACCAAACGAAAAGAGGUUGACCAUAUUCCAUGGGUAUGGGGCUCUGUCCCACGAGCGCUUCGCGCGCGCGGGAGCCCCGCUAUACAACAGUAUAUAAAUCUUAAACAGGUUUUCAGUACUAUCAUAGUUUCUACUAUGGUGGUAUGGACUAGAAAGGUGUAAUGGUAAUGCUAAUCAUUUUCUGUUUUUUCUUCAGGAUUAACGCUACCGGUACUUGGACCAAUGACGUUUCCAGGCUUACAUGUCUUAGGGUGCGUUCGAUUGGGAAAUCCGGAUUUAGAUUUUCAAAAUCUAAAUCCGGAUUUCCCAAUCGAACGCGAAAUCCGAAAACGGAUUUCACCUCCGAGAAAUCCGUCCUCAGGGUGGAUUUCAAUUAAGAAAAUCCAAAUCCGGAUUUCAUGGAUUUCCUUUUUACCGUUCGAUUGGGAAAUCCGAAAAAGGAUUUGCAAAACUAUUCUCGUGAACAGUGUUAUUCGUUUUGCUAAAUAUGCGUGCGCCGGGAAGACGGCUGUUCUUAAGGACAGUUUUUCAAAUCCUUUUUCCGAUUUCCCAAUCGAACGGUAAAAAUGAAAAUUCAAAAACAGAUAUCUCAGCGUUGAAAUCCGUUUUCGGAUUUCGCGUUCGAUUGCAAAUCCGAAAUCCGGAUUUUAAAAUGUAAAUCCAGAUUUCCCAAUCGAACCCACCCUUACAUGUAAAAUGGUCACUCCGGAACAUAAGAUUACUGAUCAUCUACGUGUUCUUUUGUUUUGUUAUUGACAUUGUUAGGAUUUAUACCAAGAAAUUAUUUUCGUGAAACUGCUCACAGACAGGUUUUUAGAAGAAUAAUAAUGAAUAAUGUGUUUUUACAGGCACAGCCUUCGAAUCAAUUCAUCACUGGAAGCUUUAGCCUGAGAAUGCAGACGGAUUUCCAGUUGUAUUUUUCAGUGACGUGAAACUACAACCCAAAAUGUUUUGUUUAGUUUGAUUAUUUUUUUCCUUGCCCAUUGCUUCUUGUACUGUCUUCAGUAAUAUGAUCUGUCUAGACAUUUUUUCUGAAUUUUUCUUUUAUUUAGUAAGAUUAUCUUGCAUAGUUCCAUGGAAAGUAAAAAAAAAGUGUUAAUAAAAGAUUUACGCUAUAAGUAUUUUGUUGCUGGGAUACUUGGGUAUCAGCUCUAGAAGCAUAAUUUCAAGUGAGGUUAGAUAUACUCCCACGUAUUGACUUGGGAAAUAGUUUCCUUAUACUUACCUCUGAGGAGCAAAUGAAGCAAUUAUUAUUUACCAACGAAAAACUUACACCCGAAUAGCUUCGGCAAUCGAAGCACGUACAGUGUAGUUUAGGUGAAAUGUUUGAAUCUGCACUUAUAGUUGGAAUGUGCAACUUUCUCAGGAACAGGAACUUUCUCUUCAAUAUCGUUGUCCACGUUCGAAGUAAAAAAUUUCAAAUCGCCCAGUCAUUAGCCUAAGCGUUCCGUUCCCAAUUCUGAGAUAUUUUCCACCUAUUUUAUAAAAGCCAUUGGUUUGAUUCUGACUUUUUCUUGAAGGUAUCGUUUUCAGGGGAAGGCUCCUGUUGAAUCUUGCGUCAGCCCAACUGGUGAUAAACGGAGUAUGGGUGUAACAUAUUUCUUCGGCAAUUUUGCAGACUUAAACUGUAUUCAAACACCUCUCAAGUCCAAAAAUUGACAUAAAAAAGAAAUACCCUCGAAUUAAUCGUAUUACUCGUUUAUUGUUGGAUUAACUGGUUUAUUUUUCUUGCUCUUCGCGGCUGACUCGCAAGGCACCUGCGGAAAGUAGUGUUUAAAGCCACUGAUCAUUUUUAUGAAAUUGUUAUGAGAUUUAAUUUUUCAAAAAUGAGGAAGAUGAGAGUUCUGACCUAUGUAAGUUAUGUUUUUGUCUCCAAGCGCAGUAUUGUGGGGUUUCUGGGUUUACAGGCCAUUAAAAAUGAUCUUGGUGAUGAUUUUUAUCGAUCGGUACUGGAGCGUUUGUCAACACUUUUGACUCUUGUCGCCAGUCUGUUUUUUGUUUUCAGGUUAAAAUUACGUUAUUGAUACUUUAUAUGAUAACAUCUGCAGCUUCGCUUUAGUUGUUGAAACGAUUUGCUCUACUAUUGCUGAGAAAUUGGACCGUGAACUUUUCACGUCAAGGACUUUGUUUAGCGUCUUUCAAACCUUCCCGGGCCGGCUUGAACGUGAAGUCACGAUGGCCAGAAACAUCGGAUUUUCAUUCGCCAAUAUCUGCUCUAGUGCCCAGGCCUAAGUUUAUGAUUCCCUCCUGGACCAUAGUAUUGGUGUCCACCGUCAAGUUAAACACAGAUUGUAUAUGCCUUGCACGCCUUGCGAAUAAUGCCGGGUCAUUACUAGAAAAUCUUGCCCACUUUAUAGCAGCCAAUCAGAGCGCAGCGUACUAUUGUAGCCAUAUAAUAAUAUUCGUUUGUACUCUUCACGCACGUUACUGCACGGAAUAUCCGUGGUCAAAAGGCACGCGUUUUGAUUCUCAUUCGCCUGGGGAAAAAAGUAAUACGCCUGCCGACAAUCGGAUUCGUCGAACAAAUACGAACUUCAAUUUCGCGUUACUGGACUUUGGUCAUGUCUGUGUCUGAAUAGGAAACUUAGUUUUUGGUGGUGGUGUCGUGUUGAAUUGUGUUAAAAAAUGCACAUAACUCUGACCUUGGGGCAUUUUCCCUGAAAGCUAAACAGCUGCCUGACUUGACUUAACUUACUAGUUUCAGGUUGUCCACAGAAGAAAGAAAGGCUCAACCUCUCGCGGGUUCAGUGUUUACAAUCAGGAAUCUUGGCACACACGGCUUCCCAUCUGCUGUGUUUGAUGGUUAA